AUGGAACCCGAUAGCUUCCUACCAAACGCGCCCUACAAGACAUACAUUGGGCUCAUGCUCUCCUGCCCCCAGAUCUACAACGAGAUGACCUCCGAAGCCGUCCGCAUGGCCCCUUCCAUCCUACGCACGAUCCAGUUCUCCGUCAACGCAACGCCAAUGAAGCUUCAACCGCUCCGGCCGACGAGCUUCGCCUCGCUGAUGCACCUCACGAUCGGAAUACCGCGCUGGGCAAUGCUCGAUCGGCCUACUAUAAUGGGCAUUCUGCAAGCCAUGGCACCAGUACUAGAGCUUCACCUGGCCAGACUGACCAUCGGAUUAGAAGACCUAGAAGGCGAAGACGAUGUCUUGCAGAUGGUCGAGACACUGAAUCCGGCACAAAUCGCGCGUUACAUGAGCCAAGUACAGGACAUGCCCGCACCCCUCUAUCCUCCAAGCGAUUCUGUGGCAUCUGACCAUUAUCGCAUCCGAACAACAUACAGCAAUGUCAUUGGACUCGUCACAGCAAUGAAUUGGGUCUUCUUCGUAGUACCCCUCAUCAUGAUCGCCCUCUACUACUCCUUUGAUCGUCUUCGCAAGCAAAACGGCACAGCCAAAGCAACAACACCGUCAUCUCCUACUGGCUCUGGUACCCCAACGCCACCUCCAAAACAGUAUUCGGGCAAUCAAAGGCGCGCUGUCAAACAGGACUUGCAGCCUCAGCAAGAGCAUUCACGUCCAAGCCUAGAAUAUGGACCUGGCCCAACUUGGGUCGCAGCACCCGAGCCCGAGACGUAUCCAUUCGACACAAUUAGAGCAGUGCCAGCGACGCCCAAGACUUCCUCCACGAGUGCCAUGCGGCCUGUUACUGCGGAGUCGGAAAAGCGGAGUAGUCUGCAUCAGGCGGUCUUGGGUGCGGGCACAAGUCGCGGUCGGAAGAACAACAGCGAUGUCACAAAGGAAGCCGAUAAGAAUGCUAGAGCUGAGGACGUGGAGGACUACUACGUCGCUGGCGGUAGUAGUGGCAGACAGAAAACAUACACCGGAGCGUGGCCUUGA